AGGCAUAGGUCUCACUAGCUAAUUAAGCUUCUCCCCCAGCAUAAAGCUAAUUAAAUCCGUGUUCUGUUUUAAAUUAUCAAACAUGAAGAAAAUAGUAAUCCAGGUGCACAUGCAGAGUGAUAAAUGCAGAAGCAAGGCACUGAAAAUUGCUGCAAUCGUUCAAGGUGUGCAUUCGGUGUCAUUAGGAGGUGAAAGCAGAGAUCAAGUGGUGGUGACAGGAGAUGGAAUCGAUUCUGUUUGCUUGACUAAUAAGUUGAGGAAGAAGUUCAGCUAUGCUACCCUUUUAAGUGUCACAGAUGCAAACGCUUCCAAUGGUGGCGAUGAUGAAGGCGAACAGAAAGAGGAAACAAAUUCAAUGGAAAAUAUGGGAGUAGGUUAUUAUUAUGCGAACUAUCCUCCACCACCUUUUCCUUCAUAUGUCGUAGAUUAUGAUUCACACCCCAAUACUUGUUCUAUCCUCUGACUCUGAGUCGUUGCCUUCUCGAUGGUGAAGGGUUGUAUCUUAAUUUCCAUCAUACAUAUAGGGUGAUGAAACCAUCCACGAAGCAAAUGCUUUGGAUAUCCAAGAAUAUUAGUACAACGUUUGGGACCCCAAUGAAGAUCAGAAAUAACACACUAUGU